UUGAUUGAUUUCCAAGCUCAAAUCUUUUUGAAGAAUAUACAAAAAAAAGGAGAAUACUUUAAGGUGAUCUAUGGUUUUAAGAAAAUCUUUUACUUUUAUGUCUAAAAUUUGUGCUGAAGUCAAUAAAAUUGAACUUCUUUGAUAAACACUUUUGAAAUGGAUCCAGGUUACAGUGAAAAUGACGUGGACUAUCUUUCGCUGGGCAACAUGCCGGGCUUGGAGUGGAAACUACUGCGCUACAAGUGUCGCGAACUACGACUGGAGGGCAUUUACCACCGUCACCGCCUCUUGAUUUCAGUGGCCCUUGCGAGCCAGGUUUUAAUUAUCAUUGAAGUACUGAUGCUUAUUCACGUGAUUCUGCUGUUCAGCGUGGUCCAGGACAUCGAUCUGAUCACCGUUCUCCCCUAUUUCGCGGUGAUGCUGCUCACCCCUCCCAUUUUGAUGGCCAGCAGCGAGCCCAAUGCCGAGCACCACGAUCGUAUAGCCGUUUUGACCAGCUGUCUGCUGGCCCUCCUGCUAACUUUAAUGGACUUGAUACUGCCCCUUUGCUAUUUCACCUCACAUUCGCUGGUUCCAAGCUACGAUCAUGUGGUGAUUGUUAUGAUUUACCUGAUGUUUCCCAUUGCCUUUGUGGAAAACGGGAGAGUUUACCUUCUGGGCCUGGCCGUUUCGCUGGCGAACUUUGCCUAUGUGGUGUGGAUGGAGACGAAGGCAAAUGCUCAAGAUUACAAAAUUUAUGAGCUGACCAUUUAUGCGGCGUAUAUCCUCUUCCUCAACCUGAUCGGCAUGUUCUACGCGGGCUUCAGGGAGUACUACAUGAGGCAUGGGGUACUUAGCCGCUAUCAGUUGGUUCAACAGAACAUUAUAUACCAGAUGGCCAUGAAAAAGGAAAAAGCCUUGCUGGACUCCAUUAUGCCUCUCAUGCUGGCCCUCGCCUUGCAAGAUGCCAUCGCCAGCCACAUCGAGGAUGAUCCAAAUGGUGUAAUCCCCUUCUCAAGAACUCGCCAUUUGUUCGCGGAACCGCACUCGGAGGUGUCUAUUCUGGAGGCGGACAUGGUCAACUUUACGCUCCUGACCACCACAAUGGAAGUGCCCGAACUGGUGUCCAUCCUGCACGAGCUGUUCGUCAGCUUUGACCUGGCUGCUAAUCGGAACAGGGCGACACGCAUCAAGUUCCUGGGGGAUUCCUACACCUGCGUCACUGGGAUUCCCAACUACUUCCCCGCCCAUGCCAACGCCUGUGUGAACCAGGCUCUGGACAUGAUUGACAUAAGCCGGGAGGUGAGUAAGCGUCGCAGUCGGAAGAUUGAACUUAGGAUCGGGGUGCACUCUGGGGAGAUACUGGCGGGUAUCAUUGGGCACACCAAGUGGCAGUUCGACAUCUGGUCGGAGGAUGUGAACAUUGCCGUUCGGCUGGAGAUGUUUGGGCUGCCGGGAAUGGUGCACAUUUCCAGCCGGACACUGACCUUGCUGGACAACCACUAUGUUUACGAGGAGGGCACGGAUUCGGCCAAAAACGAUCCUCUCCUGCAACACGCCAACCUGAGUACCUACCUGAUCAGAAGUCGUCUGCCUGACUACCAAGAGUCCGAUGAUUUCGAGGACGACAACUUCUCGCUGAGCGAUGACUAUAAUCUCAAUUUCAGGGAGGAUUACGAGGACAUGCAGAUCAGGGCCCAGCGGGAGAUGAUCCUCGAGGUGGAGCACAUGCCAGUGAAUCGAGUGCAGUCGUGCAGGUUUAGAACUAAGGAUGCCAAAAGCAAGCAGAACAUUAACGAGGAGUACCGGUUCAAUCUGGAGUCCUUCUACCCCUUCACCACGUUUCGCAACUGGAGGACGGAGUGGGCCUUCAACAAGCAACCGGAUCUUUUGAUGAAGUACAGCCUGGUGAUGGUGGUCCUCGCUGGGUUCACGAUCAUAUCCAUGGAUCUAAUCGAACAGAUUGAUGACUAUAACUACACCAUACUGUUUUGUAUGUUUCUCCUCAUACUGUUGGCCCUUGUGGUGGCGGUCUAUAAGAAGCUCUGGCUAAGAGGUCGCCGACUCACUCCCUUGACAAGGCCCUCCUUCUUCCUGAGUCGCUGGCUGUUUAAGCUCUCCGAUCUCAUCGAGCAAUCCAUAUUCGUCCGGGUUCCUCUGGCCAUCGCCGUGCUAUCCAUCCUGUAUUCCAUGUCCUCGGAGGCAGUGUUUUCUUGUGAUGUGGCCAGACUGGAGCUGGAGAUUAUAGACUCGGAGCUGCACAACUUUACGCCCAAGCUGUUUUGCUUCCUGCCCUGGGCAGUGACUUAUGCAGUGAUCAUUGUGCUCAGUCUGUUGUUUGUCAUCGUUGGCUUUCCCGUGGUCAUCAAGUUGCUAGUGGGUCUCGCCAUUCUCGCCUGCCACGUGGUCACAGUCAACGCCUACUACGGAUUCGCUUUUGAGAGGGCGGAGACCACCAAUGUGGGCGUGGGAGCGAGCUUGGCCCACACCUGGUACCUGGUGGCCUUCUACAUCGUGGUGUUGGUGCGCGAAGGCUACAUGAACUACAUCCAGAAGGCGUCCUACUUCAUGGGCAUAUGUUUCGAGAAGAGGCACCAGGAGACCAAGGUAAAAACACGCUCCAUUAAGAUCAUCAUGGCCAACAUCCUGCCCUCCCAUGUGGCUGAGGUGUUCAAGACUCGACGGCGAAGCGAUCAGCUGUAUUACGAGAACUUCCCCCAGGUGGCGGUGAUGUUCGCCACCAUCGAGAACCACCAGGCGGAUAGGUUCGGACUUCGGGCUCUUCACGAGAUUAUCUGCUACUUCGAUGACCUUCUGAUGAACUACCAGGCCAGGUACAAGAUCGAGAAGAUCAAGGUGAUGGGCUGGACCUACUUUGUUGCCUGUGGCCUGGACGUAGAUCAUUACGAUGACUUCUCGAUAAACGUUCCAGUCUCAACCGAUUGGGAUGCGCAAAAAUCCGCUUCCGUUCGCUUUGCCCCUAUGGAAGAGGAUGAUGAUGAGAGUAGCACCCCCUGGAACACUUCCCUGGCAUCCGUGAACCAGGCCGAUAAAACAGUCCUGGUCAUGACUGAAUUCGCUUUGAAUCUGCUGAGGGUCAUGCAGGAGAUUCGGUCCAAGGGUGUGCUCUUCGAGAAGGACUCCAUAUUGACCGGCCGCCUGAAGAUAGGCAUUGCCCAUGGUCCCGUGAUGGCCGGCGUUGUGGGACUCUCGAAACCGCACUACGACAUCUGGGGUCACACCGUCAACAUGGCCUCCCGAAUGUGCUCCACGGGAGUGCUGGAUGGCAUCCACGUGACCCAGAGCACCUCCAACAUCCUGAAGGACUUCAACAUCCGGUGCAAUUAUCGGGGGCAGACGUUUGUGAAGGGCGUGGGCGAAGUUCCCACAUACCUUGUGGACCUGGACCAGAAUCUACAGUUCCAGAACCACCGCAAAAGCGAUGAUUCGAAGAGCAAGUCAAGCCUAAUAUCCCUGGAAUGGAUGGAUGAAAGAAAUAAUAAGUAAUCAUUUUAUUGAUCUGAGAGGCAACACGUUUUGAGUAUUAAUUUGCCCUGCUUCAUAAGUCAGAGUGUCAGCUUAAUCAAAUAAAAUAGUAACUAGCUACUGA